AUAACUACUGCGACCACAACACGCCGCAAUUGGGAGUACUUCUCAACCUCACUAACCUGUCGACGCCGUCGCAAGGCUUUCCAUCUUGCAUGAGACCGUCGCGCGAGAGUAUAGCCGAUCAAUGAGACCGCCAUGAUGGAGGACUUUCAAUCAGAGACCGACAGUGACUACACGAGUUACUGGCGAGACUGGUUCAUCUCAUCCCGCGGCAAUGAAUACUUCUGCGAAAUCGACGAGGAGUACAUCACCGACCGCUUCAAUCUUACCGGUCUCAACACCGAAGUCCACUACUACCAACACGCUCUCGAUCUCAUCACCGACGUUUUCGACCUCGACUGUGAAGACGACAUGCGCGAAACCAUCGAGAAAUCCGCCCGACACCUGUACGGCCUCGUGCACGCCCGCUACAUCGUCACCACCCGCGGUCUGGCCAAAAUGGUCGACAAAUUCAAGAAAUGCGAUUUCGGCCGGUGUCCACGCGUCAUGUGUGAUUCUCACCCCCUUCUUCCAUUCGGUCCGUCCGACAACCCCGGCCUCAAAACCGUGAAACUCUUCUGCGCCAAAUGCGAGGACAUCUACAACCCCAAAUCAUCACGCCACGCGGCCAUCGACGGCGCAUACUUUGGCAGCAGUUUCCACAAUAUCCUGUUCCAAGUCUAUCCCGCGCUCGUCCCCGUGAAGUCGCGCCGUCGAUACGAGCCCAAGGUCUUUGGUUUCCGAGUCCACGCUGCAGGAGCCCUGGCUAGGUGGCAGGACGAGGAGCGGCGGAAGAUGCGCGCGCGGCUCAAGGAGGCUGGCGUCGUGGCCGAGACGGCGCAAUUGUUCAUCGAGGAUGCCGAGAGCAGUGAUGGCGAAGGAGGAGACGCUGCGACGCAACCGGAUGAAGACUCCAAGAUGGCGAUGGGCACGACUACGACUUCUACCACGGAACAUGAUGAGGGUGUGGGACUCCAGGGACAGGGCCCGGCAGCGGGUGCGCAAUAGUCCAGUCCUUCGCAACGACCCGUCCAAUGAGACUGACGAAGAAAAAGGGCGCAAAGAAUUACCGACGAAAGAGUACGCGAUGUCGAUACUUGAAAAGUUCAAGCAAGGUCGCACUCAUGAGCUGACUCAAGACGAAGUGUUUCUUGGGGUGAGUUACCUGGACGGCACGGGCAUGUUCAGAUGAGAAGACGGCGUACGGCGUUGAAAACCAUGACCAGUGGAGGCGAACCACGAAACCGGAAUACCAGAACCAUGUUUUUGUGCAUCAAUAAAAAUUCGUGAUAGCGCUAGAACUUCAUGUCAUCGUGCCAGGCCGAAGCUGGUACCUUCCUGUCAAAGAC